GUUUGUUUUUUGGUUGUUGUUUGACCGUAAUAAUCAAAUCAAACACCUCCCUCCCUCCCUCCCUCCCAGGCUCCCAAGGGAAAGCAAACCACCAAGCAAAAAGCAAAUGAAGAAGAAAUCCAUCCAAACCCAUAUCUAUCUUCCAUCUGCUUUCUCUCUCUUCACAACAAACACAUAUUAUUGUUAGUAGUAGUACAUUACAGAGAGAAGAAGAAAUUGGUAAAAAAAUAGUGAGAUCUCGAUCGACGCAGUAGGCAUUGUAUGUUUGGCUGGGCUGGGAUCAUGAAUUAUCACAACUAUUUGUGUUAAGUGCCAUCCCCGUAUAAACUCCUUCCUGAGUCGAUCGCAUCUAAACUUGGGUUGAGGACGUUCAUCUGGGGGUUUCAUUCUCUGGUUUUGAGUAGAUGGCUUCAGUGACUGAAGUACCUGCAUCUGGAUUAAGAGAACCUAGUGGAAAUACUGUUGGUGUUGAUAGGCUGCCUGAUGAGAUGAAUGACAUGAAAAUCAGGGAUGAUAAGGAGAUGGAAGCAACUGUGGUUGAUGGUAAUGGAACAGAGACAGGUCACAUCAUUGUUACAACUAUUGGUGGUAGAAAUGGCCAGCCAAAGCAGACUAUUAGCUAUAUGGCGGAGCGUGUUGUUGGACAUGGAUCAUUUGGAGUAGUUUUCCAGGCUAAGUGCUUAGAGACUGGUGAAACUGUUGCAAUAAAAAAGGUUCUUCAAGACAAGAGGUACAAGAACCGGGAGCUGCAAACUAUGCGUCUUCUAGACCACCCAAACGUUGUUUCUUUAAAACACUGUUUCUUUUCAACCACUGAAAAGGAUGAACUCUACCUUAACCUGGUACUGGAGUAUGUCCCUGAGACUGUUCAUCGAGUGAUUAAACACUACACUAAGAUGAAUCAAAGGAUGCCAAUGAUUUAUGUGAAACUAUACACUUACCAGAUUUUUAGAGCACUUGCAUACAUUCACAAUGGUAUUGGAGUGUGCCACAGGGACAUCAAACCCCAAAAUCUAUUGGUUAACCCACACACCCACCAAGUGAAAUUAUGCGACUUUGGAAGUGCAAAAGUUUUGGUAAGAGGGGAGCCAAACAUAUCUUACAUUUGCUCCAGAUAUUAUCGAGCACCUGAACUUAUAUUUGGGGCAACCGAGUACACCACUGCCAUAGAUGUUUGGUCUGCUGGUUGUGUGCUGGCAGAACUACUGCUCGGACAGCCUCUCUUUCCUGGUGAGAGCGGAGUCGACCAGCUUGUGGAAAUUAUAAAGGUUUUGGGGACCCCCACAAGGGAGGAAAUUAAGUGCAUGAACCCCAACUACACAGAAUUUAAAUUUCCACAAAUUAAGGCUCACCCGUGGCACAAGAUAUUCCACAAGCGCAUGCCGCCGGAAGCUGUGGACCUCGUCUCAAGACUGCUGCAGUACUCCCCAAAUCUUCGAAGCUCAGCUCUGGAAGUUUUGAUCCAUCCCUUUUUUAACGAGCUACGUGACCCAAACACCCGCCUGCCAAAUGGGCGUUUCCUUCCACCACUAUUCAACUUUAAGCCUCAUGAACUGAAGGGAGUGCCAAUGGAGAUGCUGGAGAGGUUGAUCCCUGAGCAUGCAAGAAAGCAAUCUGCCUUCCUCGGGUUGUGAUGUGCUUUUUUUUCAGUCAUGGUCUGCACCUUGUAGAACAUUCUCUUUUUAUUGUAGAAAAUGAGCUAGUUUGUCCCCUUUUUUUUCAAAGUGAUUUUAUGGAAGCUAUUUAUUUAUUUUCUUUCCUUAAUUUGUUCUUUUUACCCUUUUUUCAGUGUUCAUCUUUGUUGUUUUGUAGAAGCAGGAGGUUCUGCUCAAAUGUUCCCUAAUCUUCAAGACAGAUUGUAACAUUAUAAUGAAAGCAAAAGCGUUGUCUCUUAGCACGUAAUUGACCA